AUGUGGAGAAAGAACACGCGUGAAUCCAAGGCAGAGGUUGUCCCACCUUCCCACGUGCCCCGUCACUGUCCUGACUUGGGAGGGACGUGGCGGGGGCUCUGGGGGUCGGCGACUGGCGGAAGUGCAGUCGGCUCGCCCAAUCCGGAAGCCGUGCUACCCGCGCUUCCGCUCCGGCUUCCGGUUCAUCCUUGUCCCUUCCGCUUCCGGGCGCGCCGCGCCUGUGUGGCGUCCUGCGAGCUGCGACUGGAAGUGGCCCAGGUUCGAGGUUCUAUGGCCGCCGCAGGGUCUGUGAGAGCGGCCUUGCAGGUGGCCGAGGUGCUGGAAACCAUCGUGAGCUGCUGCGUUGGUCCCGAGGGGCGGCAGGUUUUGUGCACGAAGCCCACUGGCGAGGUGCUGCUCACUCGGGACGGAGGCCGCCUCCUGGAGGCGCUGCACUUAGACCAUCCCAUGGCCAGGAUGAUAGUGGCCUGUGUUUCCAGUCAUCUCAAAACAGCAGGAGAUGGUGCUAAAACAUUUAUCAUCUUUCUUUGCCAUUUACUUAGAGGACUUAAUGCAAUCACAGACAGAGAAAAGGAUUCUUUGAUGUCUGAAAAUACUCAAACUCGUAGAAGGCAUUGGAAAAACUGUUGUCAGUGGAAAUAUAUUUCUCAAACUCUUCUAAUGUUUCAGACACAAAUAUUAGACUGUAUCAUUGACCAGUAUUUAAGUAGACACUUUCUGUCUAUCUUUUCUUCUGUUAAAGAGAGAACAUUGUCUAGGAGUUCUCUAGAAUGGCUCUUAGAAGCAUACUUCUGUGGAAGAGUGGGAAGAAAUAAUCAGAAAUUUAUUUCGCAAUUGAUGUGUGACUAUUUUUUCGAGUGUAUGACUUAUAAAAGUGGAAUUGACGUAUUUGAGUUAGUGGAUGACUCUUUUGUAGAGCUGAAUGUGGGUGUCACUGGCCUUCCUGUUUCAGAUUCCAGAAUAGUGGCUGGUCUUGUGCUUCACAGAGAUUUUUCUGUGUAUUGCCCAGCAGAUGGUGACAUAAGAACAGUGAUAGUAACAGAAACUCUUCAGCCUCUUUUUUCAACUUCUGGAUCAGAGUUUAUUCUAAAUUCAGAAGCACAAUUUCAAACAUCUCAAUUUUGGAUUGUGGAAAGGACAAAAUCAAUAAUGAAACAUUUACAUAGUCAGAAUGUAAAAUUGCUGCUAUCUAGUGUUAAACAACCAGAUUUAGUUAUUUAUUCUGCGAGACUGAGUGGCAUAUCAGUGGUAGAGUGUCUAUCAUCAGAAGAAAUUUCUCUUAUCCAGAGGAUCAGUGGUCUUUCUCCAUUUGUACUACCACAGGGCUCUUCACAGUGUGAAAUCUCUAACACCACUUUAUUGAAAUUUUGUAGACCCCUCAUCCUUAGAUCCAAAAGGUAUGUUCAUCUUGGCUUAACUAGCACAUGUGCAUUUAUGCCACACUGCAUAGUUCUUUGCGGACCAGUGCAAGGUCUUAUUGAACAACACAAAGAUGCUUUACAUGGAGCAUUUAAAAUGCUCCGGCAGUUAUUUAAAGACCUUGAUCUAAAUUACAUGACCCAAGCCAGUGACCAGAAUGAUGCUUCAAGCCCUCUUAUUUAUAAGAAUAGCAGAGAGAGUAAUCAGUUACAAGAACGUGGUAAUGGCUCACUCCAAAGACCAUGCCCGAAAACAGUUGUAAAGAACAAAAAUAAACUGGAAAAAGCUCAAAUGUAUUUAAAAGUAAUUUCAAAUGUAGAAUUAGAAACAUGUAUUCCAUGUUCAACAGUAAAACUGACACCAACAAAUACAUUCCAAAGACAUCAAACACUUAGAUGUUUGAUAAUUGAUGACUGUGAACCAUUAAUUGAGAGUAAUUCCACUGCUCAUUCAACAACAGAAAACACUAGAAUAGACAUUUCUUGUGAAAAUUUAGAAAUUGCUGGAAAGGGGAGCACGUUAGCAAUGAGAUGUAAGUUACUGGAUAUGUGUACUCCCCAGAGUUACCAUUCCUCAGCUAUGCCAGCAGGUUGUGUUUUGCCAGUAGGUGGUAAUUUUGAAAUCUUGUUACAUUAUUAUCUUCUCAAUUAUGCCAAGAAAUGCCAGCAGUCAGAAGAAACGGUGGUUAGUAUGAUAAUAGCUAAUGCACUUUUAGGCAUUCCAAAAAUCCUUUAUAAAUCUAAGAAAGGAAAUGACAGUUUUCCACAAGUAUACAUAAGAGCUCUCCAAGCACUACAAACCAGCCAACCUGUGGGAAGCAGUCAGACGGGUUUGGAAUCAGUAAUUGGCAAAUACCAACUACUAACUUCAGUUCUUCAGUGUUUGUCAAAAAUAUUAACCAUUGAUUUGGUAAUCAACAUUAAGAGACAACCUCAGAAAGUUCGAGGUGAAGAUUCAGAAGAUGAACUAUAACAUCAGAAUUUUUUUAUUAAUCAAACUUUUUUCUUUGAGUCAGGGUUUUGCUCUGUCACCCAGACUAGAGUGCAGUUGCAUCAUUAUAGAUCACUGUAACCUCAAACUCCUAGACUCAAGGGAUCCUCCUGCCUCAGCCUCCCAAGUAGCUGAGGGUAUAGGCAUACUCCUCCAUUUUCAACUAACUUUUCUAUUUUUUUGUAGAGAUGGGGGUCUUUGUAAGUCUUUAUAAGAAGUACGCUAAAGCCACUAGGCCAUUCAGAUAGAAAUACUAAAUUAUUUUAUGGAAUAAAACUAAUGGGGAAAUCCUUCAGGUGGGAGAAGUUAAGGUUUAGUUAAGUGUGUCCAUUUCCCCUUUUAGGUCUCUGAGUCUCAGUUCUGUGUUAGUCUGCACAGGCUCAGGGGAGAGCAUUUUUAUAUACAAUAGCUCCUUUUUACCCUUCUGUAUCUUUUUGCUCCAGCUCACCUUUUCUACCUUUAUAUAUUUGGUUCAUGGAAUCAUUUACUCUCAGGCUUGAAUGGGGUCUUCAAAUGCCCUCUUGGUUUAAUUGUUUAUAAUGUAAAUAUUUGUUUUAUUUAUACUAAUUUUUCCCUACUCAUAAUGUGUAAAGCAAUAAAGAAAUCUCAAUUUUUUUUCAAAAAGUGUAUAAAUUAGGUUUUCUUUUAUGUCCCCCUUGGUUUAUUACCAUUUUACUUGGAAAAACUUGAAUACAUUUUCACCAUCCAUCUGCCAUUGAAUAGAUGUGACCAGAAAUAUGACUGUGCAUUAUGAACUCCUUUCUUCUUUGUACUUAGAAGUUAAUACCAGAAAGGAUAUGAAAUUCAUACUUUGAUUUUCUCCUGGUUCCUAAAAGCUUGUAAAGAUACUUUAUGUAUUUCCUGGUUUUCCAUGUAUUUGUUGCAUAGCCAGAAUUCCCUGGUAACAAAUUUGACAAUUUUUAUUUCUAAUGUGAAUUUACAAAUAUUCUUAUUUUAAUUGUAAAGCUUAUAAAUGCAGAUAGUAUGUGCCUCUAGUUAUGGAUAAGGCCAGUGUCUUCUACUUUUAGUAGUUCUGUAUAACACACAAAAUAGUGCUGUUUAUUUCAAAUAUUCAGAAGUGCUUGCUGAAUGAAAGAAGUGUUGUCUUUAAUCUGUUCCUAAAUUAGUGCUUCCAGUCUACUUAUUCAAGACAUUUGUAUUUACUUGGGUUGGGAUUAAGUUUAGGAAAACAGAAAGAUAAUAUUUUACUUAUAGUUGAGGAAGUAGUGACUAUUAAUGUAUUUGAAAACUGUAACAGCCUAGCAUGAUCUUUGUAUUACCUAUAGUUCUGGGUUUGUUUGUUUGUUUGUUUGUUUUUUAAGAUUUAUGCUAUGAUACAUUAUUUCUGUGGAGAAAAUAAACCGUUUCUUUUACUGAAUUCAUGGAUGAAUAAACCUACUUUAA